CGUGCUCUUAGGACGGAAAUGAGUAGCGGUCACCUGUUCCAGAGGCGGAGUUCCAACAUGGCUGCCCCCAGGAUUCCUAACGCCUGCGGUCCUCCGCUGUGGGCUUUUUCGCUGUUUUUUCUUCUCGUUUCCCUUCAGCCCAGUGCGGUGGACGGAGCAGACAAGUGCGACGAGCUGCGGAUGGGACAAUUCAUAUGUGAAGACCCCAAAAUCAGUAAUGCCACACAGGAGCCUGUGAACUGCACCAACUUCACGGCCUACGUUCCCUGUUUGCCUGCUCCCAAUAUCACGUGUCGCAACUUUGAAGGGAGAGAGCUGACAUUCUCCGGAAGAGAAGUUGGAUUUUACAAGGCCGUUCCGUGCCGGCAUGUGAAUGGCUACUCGUACAAAGUGGCGGUGGCUUUAUCGCUCUUUCUUGGCUGGCUUGGAGCAGACCGCUUUUACCUCGGGUACCCGGCUUUGGGCUUGCUGAAGUUUUGCACGGUUGGAUUUUGUGGCAUUGCAAGUCUGAUCGACUUCAUCCUCAUCUCCAUGCAGAUUGUUGGCCCCUCUGAUGGAUCGAGUUACAUCGUUGACUACUAUGGUGCCCGACUGGUCCGACUCGGCAUCAACAAUGAGACCUACAGGAAGACCCAGAUGAGCCCGUAAAUGUACAGCCCCCAGAAGCCGAUGUGUGACCUCGAUGGCGACUGACCGAAGUGCCCGUAGGCUCGCUGCCCCUCGGACUCCGAGACUCUUUGGACCGUCGGGAUUCUCUUUCAUCGUACAGAACACGGGGGGCCGCUGGUGGAAGUUCAUCUGCAUGUUUCAGGAAGAAAGCUGCUGGGGGCGCAAACCCCAAACAAAUGAGGACACCGAGGUGCCAUGUGACCAGUUUGGUUUGUGCCACCCAGUGAACUGUAGGGCAGGCUGAGGGCGAACCCCGUCGGGAGCUUCUGUGUGGACUGUGGUGUGUCCCCCCCCCGCCGCCAUGUCUAAAUAUACUAUGAAGAAGU